AUGAAAGGCCUCCAAGUGGAUCACUUCAUGGACCUCUCGUUCCCGGGCUCAAACUGGACCCGCUUUGUGAGGAGUGCGAGGUACUCUGGGGGUCCUGUCUCGAACGAGUACAACCUUGAACUCAGCCAGAGGGGAAAUGAGCUGUACUUCAUCGCCAGGCACAACAUACAACCGGGUGAGCAGCUGAUGGCGUGGUAUGGUGACAACUAUAACAUUGUAAUGGGGGUUGUAGUGGGGCUAAAACCCAUCCUCCCCUCAGCUCAAAUUGAAGAUUUCUGCCCAGUAGCAAAACUGCCCAAACUAACCCCCACUGAAAUCCAAACUCCGGUCAUGGUCCCAAGUGGUUCCCCCACUGAUUCUGCUGCAGGAGAGGGGGAGGGCUAUCCGUGUGGAAGGUGUGGGAAGGUGUUCGCCUAUCAGUACUACAGAGAUAAACACCUAAAGUACACCAGGUGCAUCGACCGAGGCGAUCGGAAGUUUCCCUGCUCGCUGUGCACGCGAUCAUUUGAGAAGAGAGACAGGCUGAGAAUACAUGUACUGCACGUGCAUGAGAAACACAGACCCCACAAAUGUGCAGUUUGUGGGAAGACGUUUUCGCAGUCGUCCAGUCUCAACAAGCACUUCCGCGUGCACUCGGGAGAGAGGCCGUACAAGUGUGUGUUCUGCUGCAAGAGCUUCACCGCCUCCUCCAUCCUCCGCACUCACACACGACAACACUCGGGCGAGAAACCAUUCAAGUGUCGAUUCUGUCCGAAGUCGUUUGCGUCGCACGCGGCACAUGACAGUCACGUGAGGAGGACCCACCCGGAGGAGAGUCUUUUGGAGUGUCUCAAGUGCGGACUGAAGUUGGAGUCACGCAGACUACUCAACAUGCACAUCACAAUCAGCCACAAAUGA